AUGGCUCGCACAGAAAAAAAAAAGACUCCCUCCGUCUCCAUCUUCACCUUCUCUUCUUCUUCUUUCUUUCUUUCUUUCUAUCACCAGUCUUGCUCUGUGGAAAAGGGACAGCAGGCUGAAGAACACCAGGGAGGGAUAUCACCCAAAAUGGGAAAAGGUACAGGAAAAAAAGCACAAUAA